CCUCCCAAACCAUGGCUUCUCUUCGUUCCCGCAACUCGUGGCCUCUCGCGCUGCCUUCCUUCUUCUACCUACUCGCGUCUUCCUUGCUCUCUUGUACUGCUCAGUCCGCGGAGGCCGGCUGCGGCCCUUACGGCCACGGCGUCUCGUCGAUCGUCUCCGAGGAGCUCUACCACUCCAUCUUCCUACACAAGGACGACAGUGCAUGCCCGGCCAACGGAUUCUACACCUACGCCUCCUUCGUCCGCGCUGCAAGCAGUUUCCCCAGGUUCGGAAGGACCGGCGACUUGGACACCCGCAAGAGAGAGGUUGCUGCUUUCCUUGCUCAGAUCUCCCAUGAGACCACCGGAGGAUGGGCUACAGCGCCGGACGGACCUUAUGCAUGGGGGUUGUGCUUCAAGGAGGAGAUAAACCCACAGAGCAACUACUGUGACUCCACCAACAAGAAGUGGCCAUGCUACCCUGGCAAGUCCUACCAUGGCAGAGGUCCCAUCCAGCUCUCUUGGAAUUAUAAUUAUGGGCCGGCAGGGAAGGCUCUGGGCUUUGAUGGGCUGAAGAAUCCGGAAACAGUGGCCAACAAUUCGGAGAUAGCGUUCAAGACGGCCAUUUGGUUUUGGAUGACGGAGCAGAAACCCAAGCCAUCGUGCCAUGACGUCAUGGUCGGCCGGUAUAGGCCGACGGCGGCCGACGUCCAAGCCAAUCGCACCAUCGGAUUUGGGCUCGUUACCAACAUCAUCAACGGGGGGCUCGAGUGUGGGGUGCCAGGCGAUAGUCGAGUCGCCGAUCGAAUUGGGUUCUACAAGAGAUACGCCCAAUUGUUCGAUGUCGCCGUUGGCCCCAACCUUGACUGUGCUUAUCAAAAGCCCUUUUAACUUAGUCGAUGAUCUCAA